AUGUCAUCUUUCUUACAAUUAACCUCCGAUAUCCAACAACCAUUCAUUAUCCCAAAUCUAUCCCCGGUUUCUCAACCAAACUCAAGAAAGAACUCAUUAAACGAACCAAUCAAUAAAGAGUUACUCAACAAAGACAACAAACAAGAAUCUGUAAAUGACGACGCUGCUGCCGACGCUAUCACAAGACCAAGAACAAAUUCAAUUUGUUUGUUGUAA